UUGUAAAGGACAUAAAAGAAAAGAAAAGAAAAAGGCUGUAAGAGAAAUGGGAUAGAGAGAGAGAAGGGGGAAGGUUUUGGAGGAUUCUUCUUCUCUCUAAAACCAAAACCAGGAGAAAAAUCCAAGGUUUUGGUUUGAUCGCUUGCUGGCUUUUGGAUAUGUUCUUCUCGAAUUGUAAUUCUAUUUAUUGUUCGGGGUAUUAAUUACUUGCCUGGCCUGGUCUUGAAAUGAAAUGAAAUGAAAGCGAUUAUGCUGCUGCUGCUUCCAGAUCCUUCUCACCCACCUCUCCAUUUUUAAAUUUCUCUCUGACUUAUAUAUCCCUUUUUCAUCAUUCCUGACCUCCGAUGCGAUUUGGUUUCCCAGCCUCUGCUCUCUGAUUUUGGAUUUUUUUGUGGCCAAAAAAUAAAAAAAUAUAUAUAAAGAGAAAUGGAGGAAGCAAUGGCAGCUAGGUACUGGUGCCACAUGUGUUCUGAAAUGGUGAACCCCGUCAUGGGAGUUGAAAUGAAAUGCCCAUUAUGCCAGAGCGGAUUUAUUGAGGAAAUGGAUGGCACCACAAGGGACAAUCAUGAACCCGACUCUGAAUUUGGACCCGAUCGACCUCUCUCCCUCUGGGCUCCAAUCUUGAUGGGGAUGAUGAACAACAAUCCCCGUAGACGACGGAGAUUGAGACGACAAGAGUUCGAUGAGGAUGAUGAUGAGGAUAAUGAGAAUGAUGAUGCCCAUGGGGGAGACACUGAACUGGACAGAGAACUUGAAUCAAUCAUCCGAAGGAGGAGGAGAAGCUCAUCUUCCAUUCUUCAACUGCUUCGGGGCAUUCGAGCAGCUGGCUUGGCAUCUGAAUCAGAGAAUUCUGAGAGUGAUAGGGACAGGGACAGGGAUAGAGAUAGGGACAGAGAAAGGGAACGCCUAAUUCUUAUCAAUCCUUUCAAUCAGACCAUCAUUCUUCAUGGUUCUUAUGAUUCAAGUCAGGGUCAAAACAACAAUCACACCGCUAUUGGUUCAUUAGGUGAUUAUUUUAUCGGGCCUGGUCUGGACUUAUUGCUGCAACAUUUGGCAGAGAAUGAUCCUAAUAGAUAUGGAACUCCUCCGGCACAAAAGGAGGCAGUGGAAGCUCUGCCCACUGUGACAAUUAAGGAGAAUUUGCAGUGUUCUGUGUGCUUGGAUGAUUUUAAGAUCGGUGUUGAAGCAAAAGAAAUGCCAUGUAAGCAUAAAUUUCAUGGUGACUGUAUUCUGCCAUGGCUGGAGCUUCAUAGUUCCUGCCCAGUUUGCAGGUUUCAGUUGCCUGCUGAUGAAGCCAAACAUGAUUCCAAUAAUUCUAGAAACAGCAGUAACCAGAGGGAUAGUGAGAACACUGGCGGUGCUCGGGAAGAGGGAGAUGAGGAUGGGGAUGGUAUUGCGAUUGGGAGAAAUGGAAGUGGCAGAAGGUUUCAAAUUCCGUGGCCUUUCAAUCUGUUUUCAUCGACAGAAUCUCAAUCUAGUGGCAGUGGGGGUAAUUCUUCCUCAUCAGCAAAUGCAACUGGAAGCGGGAGUGGGAGUGGUUGGUCUCAAACAGAUGACAAUUGAAUUCGAGUAUAUUUCCAUAUAUUCGUUCUGUUCCUCCUAUCCUUCAUACAUAUUGGGUUCUUGUUCAUUAUGUGGCUUCAAUGGUCUGCUGCGCUGCUACCUGUGUACAUAGUAUCUUACUUGAAUGUGAAUCUUGGGAGUUGAAGUUCUGUUCUUAUGUUUUCCAAAGAAAUGAGGUCUUUUGUAGAUGUCAUGGUCUUUUGUAGAAUAUGGUCUUUGAUUUUCUAUCUUGAAUCUUGGUAAAUUGAUGUGCAUUUGCUUUAA